AUGUCUGAGGCAAGAGAUUAUGAAUUUGCUGAUUUAUUAGUAGAUGCAGAAACUCCUCUUUUACCUAGUUGUACAACUUACACGAAGUUGUCAGCAAUCGUUACAUUAUACAAUUAUAAGUCUACAAAUGGUCACACAGACAAUAGUUUCAAUGAGCUCCUUAAGAUCUUAGGUGACAUGCUUCCAGAAAAAAACACACUUCCAAAGGAUGUUUACUCAAUGAGAAAGUUGUUAAAACCAUUUGAUUUAGGAUAUGAGAAGAUUCAUGCAUGCCCAAAUGACUGUUGUCUAUUUAGAAAGGAGCUUAAAGAUUUGGACUCAUGUCCAAAGUGUGGUUCUUCAAGAUGGAAGGUAGACAAAGUCACCACCAAAGUUUGUAAAGGAGUUCCUGAAAAGGUGCUACGGUAUUUUCCUGUGAUACCAAGAUUGAAAAGGAUGUUUAAAUCAGAACAAAAGGCCGAAGACUUGAUUUGGCAUUCCAACCAUAAAAGUCAUGAUCAUAUGAUGCGUCAUCUAGUUGAUUCAAUAGCUUGGGAUACGAUAAAUCAUAAGUGGCCAGCUUUUGCAUCAGAUCCUAGAAAUCUCCGGCUUGGUCUUGCAACAGAUGGAUUCAACCCUUUUGGUGAUCUUAGUUCUAGAUAUAGUUGUUGGCCAGUUAUUUUGGUAAAUUACAACCUUCCUCCGUUGAUGUGCAUGGCGAAGGAAAAUCUUAUGUUGACAUUAUUGAUUCCAGGCCCGAAGCAACCAGGAAAUGAUAUAGAUGUAUACUUGGAACCCCUAGUGGAGGAUUUGAAGGAGUUAUGGGACAUUGGUGUGGAGACGUAUGAUGCAUUUAGCAAGUCAGUGUUCAAUAUGAAGGCUAUUUUGAAGUGGGCAAUCAAUGAUUUUCCAGCUUAUGGAAACUUAGCUGGAUGUGCCACAAAAGGGAAAUUUGGUUGCCCAAUAUGUGGUGAAGGCAUAUCUUCUAUGUGGCUUAAGUAUAGUAGAAAGUUUGCAUAUUUAGGGCAUAGGAGAUUUCUUGCUCCUAAUCAUCCAUUCCGUCAGAAGAAGAAGUGGUUUGAUGGGAAUAAAGAGACAAAAGGAAAACCUAGGCCUCUGAAUGGAUUAGAAAUUCUUAAUGUAUUGAAAGACAUUGAAAAUGACUGGGGUAAAAAAAAAUUGGGUAAAGAUAUCAAUAAUACAAAGAAAAAGAGGAAGGAGCGUGAUGGUUCAAAAAAGUUCAAAAACCAGUUCAAAUGUGGAAGAAGAAGUCAAUAUUUUUCAAUUUGCCAUACUGGAGUGUUGAAGAAAAUAAAGUUACCUGAUGGUUAUAGCUCAAAUAUUGGUAACUGUGUUUCUUUAGAAGAACGAAAGCUUAUUGGGUUGAAAUCUCAUGAUUGUCAUGUUCUUAUGCAACAAUUGCUUUCAGUAGCAUUGAGAAGUCUUUUACCAAAAGGUCCACGUAAUGCUAUAUUUUUGCUUUGUGCAUUUUACAAUGAGUUAUGUCAAAGAGUGUUAGAUAGGAACCGUCUAGAACAACUCGAAGAGAAUAUUGCUGAAACUUUAUGCAUGUUGGAGAGGUACUUUCCACCAGCUUUCUUUACCAUCUCUGUUCAUUUGAAAAUUCAUUUAGCAAGAGAGGCUCGCCUGUGUGGGCCAGUUCAAUUCCGCUGGAUGUAUCCAUUUGAAAGAUUUAUGAAAAUGCUUAAAGGCUAUGUGAAGAACCGAGCAAGGCCAGAGGGUUGCAUAGCUGAGUGUUACCUUGCAGAAGAACGAAUGCGAUUUUGUAGUGCUUAUAUAAAAAAAGUUGCUUGUAUUGGUCUCCGAUCUAAUCGGAAUGAUGAUUUGGAAAAUGGAGUAGUGGAAGGUCGCCCCAUUUCUCAAGGAAAAGAAACUAUUUUAGAAGAACAUUUGUUACAAGCAGCACAUCGAUAUGUGUUGUUCAAUACUGCAGAAAUUGAUCCUUACAUACAGUGA